AUGUGGGAUUACCUGUCUGUUGUUUGUUUCAAACUAACCAUUUGUUUGCUGAUAAGCAUCCAGGUUCCUAGACAAGUGGUUUGGUUUUGUGGUAAUCUGGCCUCACAUUCGUACUUCACGAGAUCAAAAGGAAACGUUCAGCCACCCGACGCUAAAUCAAGAGGAAGUGUUCAUACAUACUUCACAAGGUCGAAAGGAAGUGUCGAAAUGUCUUCAGAAGUUCCUCUGCCAACGAUUCCUAUUUCGGAGGAAAGUUCAAUCUCAGCCAUCCCAACUUCUGAGGCAAGUGGGACCUCCAACAUCCCCAUAAGUUAUCCAAAUACCCCAUUGGGAUUUCCUACCAUCUCAGCCUACUUUACUGGAACACCUUCUGAGUCUCGCCCCCAGGUGUUAGCUUCCGGUGCGGCCUCAAACAUAUUCACUGCUCCACCUUGUUCAGCCACGACACAACCCGUUUUACCCAGACCUAACUUUGAUUCAUCAUCCUUCACAUUUCAAGCAACUCCUCUUCCAUUGGAACCUAGCCAGUUCACUACCAACGCUUACCCUCAGCCGUCUCGGUACGAGUUUAUCGCAGGGCAGGAGAAAGCCGAGAAAACACCUGAACAAGAGGAAAUGACCAGGAAAAUGAGAAGCAUGGAGCAAACUCUCAAAAAUAUACAGGGUCUGAGCGGGCAAAAGAGCUAUACGGAUCAGGAAGUAUCUCGUUGGCACAUUUGGGACGACUUGGCUCGAGAUUUUGUUAGGCAGUUUCAAUAUAACAUCGACAUUGCCCCCGAUAGGAAUUCAUUGUCGAAUCUAAAGAAGAAGCCUUCAGAGAGCUUCCGAGAAUAUGCUGUCAAAUGGCGCGAACAAGCGGCCAGAGUCAAACCUCCGAUGGAUGAAACAGAAAUGGUCAGUGUUUUCCUUCAAGCCCAAGAGGCUGAUUAUUAUCAAAACAUGAUGUCUGCAUUGGGAAAGCCGUUUGCUGAAGCCAUCAAAAUCGGUGAAAUGGUGGAGAAUGGGUUAAAAACAGGGCGAAUCUUGAGUCAGUCUGCUAUAAGGGCCACCUCCCAAGCAAUCCAAGGCGGGUCUGGAGGAGGAGCAAACCGAAAGAAGAAGGAAGAAGCAACAAUGGCAACUUCGAGUGUAAGAAAACCCCAUCCGUCCAGAUUUCAUUUCUCUGAAAGAGCCCCGCAACACUACUACCCCCAUCAAGAUGCGGCCUAUGCUAUGAACCUUCAGCCCUACACAGUAAUGAAUGCACAACCAUAUAUUAGGCCACAACAACAAUUUCACCAAAAGCGAGCUCAAUUUCCAAGAAAUCAACCUCCUCACCAAGCUCAGUAUAAUCCCCGACCUCCACAAAAUAAUCUCCCCUACAACGCCCGCACUCGAGAGCCGCCCAGGAAAACGGACUUCACACCUAUUGGUGAGUCAUAUUCCAACCUUUUCCCUAAAUUUGUCCAAAUGGGUUUGUUACAACCCGUACCCCCAAAUAGGCAAAAUCCAGAGUCACCCUCUUACCAACCUGGUGCCCGAUGUGCCUAUCAUUCUGGAGUGGAAGGGCAUGACACUGAGAGCUGUUGGACUUUGAAAAGGGUUGUUGAAAACCUUAAAGAACAAAAAAGGAUAGUGUUAAAGGACGAAGACAUUCCUAAUGUGACCAACAACCCGUUACCGGCUCACAACAAUGGACCGAUUAUUGGGAUGAUCUGCGAAGAUAAAGAGUUUGAUCCUGUCUUAAAAGCCAUCAUUGCAAUUGCCGACAUUGAGAAAAAGCCCAAAACGUAUGCAAAGCAAGAAAAGGAGGACAAGAAGAGUAAAACCCCCCCUCAAAACACAGAAAAAGCGGUGGAAACCAAAACUGAGGUAAUGCCCUCGAAAGAUGUCGUCCUUUAUGUCCCCCGAGGUUCGAAGAAAGGACAAGUGACAUUGAGCCCUCCAAGAAGGUUUGAACUGAAUAAAGGAUCUAAAAUGUACGUGCCCAAGGGGACCUAUGCGGAACGGGGGCCAAUAAUUUCACCAAGGCUGAAUGAGCCCGUGAUUAUUGGACGCGCGCCGCAGAGGCCCAUGACAGAUCCUACUACCAUCCCAUGGAAUUAUAACAAGGUGGUAGUAACCUACAAAGGAAAAGAAAUCCUGGGAGGAGUAAAUGAAACUAACCUAACUGAGAAAUACCUCAACCUAGAAGAGUUGAAUGAUUAUACAAAGAGGCGUUUUCCACUCAAGAAACCAGUUAGUGCCGAGGAAGCGGAAGAGUUUUUUAGGAAAAUGAAAACUACGGACUACGAGAUACUUGACCAACUCCGAAAGUCUCCCGCUCAAGUCUCGUUGUUGUCUCUACUAAUGAAUUCAACUGAGCAUCAGAAAGUGUUGAUCAAGACCCUCAACGAAGCUUACAUCCCAAUUGAAACUACCGUGGAACAGCUAGAGAGGAUGGCAGAAAGAUUCUUCAUGAUCAAUCAGAUUUCCUUCAGCAAAAAUGAUCUGCCCCCACAACAAGGCCCUCCACCUAACAGUUAA